GGUCGGUUCAUUUCCGCCCCGCUUACGCCUUCGGAAGUGGCUGCUGUGGAGGCUUAGCCUUCAGAGAUUAAGCCCGAACGAAAAGGCCGCUGCUCGGUGCCGUCUGGUGGGGCCGUCAUGGGUCGGGAGUCCAGAUCAACAAAGCAACAGUUGUCCAAACAAAAACAGCAUUAUCGGAAGCGCUCCUCAUCACGAGGGCGCUCUGGUAGCCGUUCUAGAAGUCGUUCUCCACCUGACAAAAGAGCAAAACGUGGAGAUGAUAGGCGUUCUAGAAGCAGGGACAGAGAUCGCAGACGCGAGAGAUCACGGAGCAGGGACAAAAGGAGAUCUCGAUCACGUGACAGAAAACGUGUGAGUAUGACCCAAAAUCUGCUUCUGCGUAGGCGUUCAAGAAGUAGAGAGAGGGAACGCAGCAGAGAGAGGAGACGAUCACGUAGUCGAGAGAGAAGAAGAUCCAGAAGCCGAAGCCGUGGGAGACGGUCCCGAUCUUCCAGCCCUGGCAAGAACAAGAAAGUAGAAAACAGAUCACGCUCUAAAGAAAAAAUAGAAGGUGUGGAAGCUAACAAAGAAAAGAAAAAAGAGAAAGAAGACAAAGAAGAGGAAAAGGAUAAAGAUGUAAAUAAUUUUGAUCAGAACAAACUAGAAGAGGAAAUGAGAAAACGAAAAGAAAGAGUAGAGAAAUGGAGAGAAGAACAGCGCAAGAAAGCUAUGGAAAAUAUAGGAGAACUGAAGAAAGAAAUUGAAGAAAUGAAGCAGGGGAAAAAAUGGAGUUUAGAAGAUGAUGAUGAUGAUGAUGAAGAAGCUGCAGAAGGGGAAAAGGAAGGUAAUGAGAUUGAAGAUGAAGAACUAGAUCCAUUAGAUGCAUAUAUGGAAGAAGUGAAAGAAGAGGUCAAGAAGUUUAAUAUGAGGAGCGUAAAAGGAGGUGGAAGUGAAAAGAAAUCUGGGCCAACAGUUACUAAAGUAGUAACUGUGGUGAAAACUAAAAAAGCAUCUCCAGAAACAGAAAAGAAGAAAGGCGAGCUCAUGGUGAAUGACCAAGAUGCAAUGGAGUAUUCCUCUGAAGAGGAGGAAGUUGACCUCCAGACUGCAUUGACAGGCUACCAGACUAAACAUAGGAAAUUGCUGGAACCAGUGGAUCAUGGGAAGAUUGAAUAUGAAACCUACAGGAAAAAUUUCUAUGUUGAAGUUCCAGAGCUAGCUAAAAUGACUCAAGAAGAGGUGACUGCGUAUAGGCUGGAAAUGGAAGGAAUUUCAGUCAAGGGUAAAGGAUGUCCCAAACCAAUCAAAACCUGGGUACAAUGUGGUAUUUCCAUGAAAAUUCUGAAUUCCCUGAAAAAGCAUGGCUAUGAAAAGCCCACCCCUAUCCAAGCUCAAGCCAUACCUGCAAUUAUGAGUGGACGGGAUUUAAUUGGCAUUGCUAAAACAGGAAGUGGAAAGACUAUUGCUUUUCUGUUGCCCAUGUUCAGACACAUCAUGGAUCAGAGACAAUUAGAAGAAGGGGAAGGUCCAAUAGCGGUCAUUAUGACUCCUACUCGAGAGCUGGCUUUGCAGAUUACAAAGGAGUGUAAGAAAUUCUCAAAGACCCUUGGGGUUAGAGUUGUUUGUGUAUAUGGAGGAACUGGAAUAAGUGAACAGAUUGCUGAACUGAAAAGGGGUGCUGAAAUAAUCGUUUGCACACCUGGCCGUAUGAUAGAUAUGUUAGCAGCUAAUAACGGCCGGGUUACAAAUCUUCGGAGAGUGACAUACGUUGUCCUUGAUGAAGCUGAUAGAAUGUUUGACAUGGGCUUUGAGCCUCAGGUUAUGCGCAUUGUAGACAAUGUGAGACCUGAUCGUCAGACUGUCAUGUUCUCCGCUACCUUUCCUAGAGCCAUGGAGGCUUUAGCUCGUCGAAUACUAAGUAAGCCAAUUGAGGUCCAGGUUGGUGGCAGGAGUGUUGUCUGUUCUGAUGUGGAACAGAAUGUGGUUGUCAUAGAGGAAGAGAACAAAUUUUUGAAGUUACUUGAAUUACUAGGACAUUACCAGGAAAAAGGAGCAGUCAUUAUAUUUGUUGAUAAACAAGAACAUGCUGAUGGAUUGCUGAAAGACUUAAUGAGAGCUUCUUAUCCCUGCCUGUCCCUUCAUGGAGGCAUUGACCAGUAUGACAGAGACAGUAUAAUCAAUGAUUUUAAGAAUGGAGUGUGCAAACUUCUUGUUGCCACAUCUGUAGCAGCCCGAGGACUUGAUGUAAAACAUCUUAUGCUUGUAAUCAACUACAGCUGUCCCAAUCAUUAUGAGGAUUAUGUGCACAGGGCAGGCAGAACUGGACGAGCCGGCAACAAAGGAUAUGCAUAUACUUUUAUAACUGAAGAUCAAGCACGGUAUGCUGGUGAUAUAAUUAAAGCCUUUGAGUUGUCAGGUACUUCAGUUCCAUCUGAGCUGGAGAAGCUUUGGAAUGACUUCAAAGAUCAGCAGAAGGCUGAGGGGAAGACAAUUAAAAAGAGCAGCGGGUUCUCUGGUAAAGGAUUCAAGUUUGAUGAAACAGAGGAAGCUUUGGCUAAUGAGAGAAAGAAACUACAGAAAGCUGCACUUGGCUUGCAGGAUUCAGAUGAUGAAGAUACCGCAGUUGAUAUUGAUGAGCAGAUUGAAAGCAUGUUCAAUUCAAAGAAAAGAGUGAAGGACAUGGCAUCGUCUGGUGGUGGGACAUCUAAUGUUCCUGCCCCAACAGCAGGCAAUGCAGAAAAAUUAGAAAUUGCUAAAAGGUUGGCAUUGAGAAUCAAUGCACAGAAGAAUCUUGGAGCUGAGGCUCAAGUAUCAGUCUCAUUUCAAUUUAAGGAUGUGAUGCAACAAGCUACGAAUGCUAUCCUGAGAGGCGGUACAAUUCAGGCUCCAACUGUAUCUGCUAAGACCAUUGCAGAACAACUGGCUGAGAAGAUCAAUGCCAAGCUCAAUUAUGUGCCCAUAGAGAAACAAGAGGAAGAGAAACAGGAGGGGGGACAAAAUGAAUCUUUUAAGAGAUAUGAAGAAGAAUUGGAGAUCAAUGAUUUCCCACAGACUGCUAGAUGGAAAGUAACAUCAAAGGAAGCUCUGCACAGAAUAAGUGAAUAUUCUGAAGCUGCCAUUACGAUCAGAGGAACAUACUUUCCUCCAGGCAAAGAACCCAAGGAAGGAGAACGAAAAAUUUACUUGGCUAUUGAGAGUGCAAAUGAAUUGGCUGUGCAGAAAGCAAAGGCAGAAAUUACAAGGCUUAUCAAAGAAGAGCUCAUCAGAUUGCAAAAUUCAUACCAACCAACCAACAAAGGAAGAUACAAAGUUUUAUAAAUAUUUGGAGUGGAUCUGCCAGUUUCUCAUUUGUGAAACUUUGUCAUUUCUGUUUAUCUUUACUGUUUACACUGCUGCUUAUUUGUAAAUUACAUUUUUUAAUAUUGUCAUGCUGAAUUUUUUUAAAGAUCAAAAUCACUUUGUCGGGGAUUGCUUUCAGCUCAUAGGACAAGUUUCAGGAGGACAUGAUUAUACUUCUUAAUUUGUAUGCUUUCUCUUCUAAACAUACUAAAUAAAACUAGUUAUUACUUUACUGAAAAAAUGUAGCGUAAUCCCAGUUCAAAAAUUGGAAGGUAUAGUACUUCCAAUCUCACAUUUUGUAGUAAUCCCCCCACACACAAAAUGCUUUAAAAUGAAGGGUAAAUGUUUGUCCUUCAUCUUCUAAAUCUUCUAAAACCGUAUAGAUGGACUGGAAACCUUGAAGAGGUUAUCUUAAUGGACUUCUGUCAAUGGAUAACAAUAAAAAGUUAUGUCUGUAUAUUUUUCUGCAAAAUGAGUAAUUUGGAAGAUUAAAAGCAGCUUUCCAUAAACAUCUGAUGAUUGAUUUUGCCAAAUAAGAAGUUAUUAUUUAAUGAGAGAAUGCACUUCUGUAACUUGACACCAUUUUCAUCAGGAAGGACAGAGUUAGUCAAGCUGUAUGUGUGUGUGUGUGUGUGUAAUGAUAUAUAUAUAUAUAUAUAUAUAUAUAUAUAUAUAUAUAUAUAUUCUUUAUUUCUCCCCAAGACUUCCUUUUUUUGUGUGUGCACGCAAGAAAAUAAUUAGCUAAUCAGCCACCUCCAGUGUUGGUGACUAUUGUAUUGGAAUAUGGUAGUCUAUAUGCCAGUCUUGGUCCGGGGUGUACAUUGACUGAGAAGUCAAAUCUCAUCUGAUCUCAGAUUGCAGCCUAGCUCUGCCUGGUUCUACCCAUUCCCACAAGAAAAUUUAAAGGAUAGCUUUUCUCACUUCCUUGUAAUUUUAGUUUUAAUAUUAUUCCAUCACUGGUGGUAUCUGUAUUUAAACAAUGGCAGUGACAAUUGUCAUGUUGUGGGACUGUGGCUAUUUAAAAAAAAAUCCAAAUCACUUUCAAGAUUCACUGAAGGAAAGAGAUGAUUUUCGUUUAAAAUAUUUUGUGUUGGCAACUAUUUGGAGAAGCCAUGAUGAUGGAGACAUUUCAUUGUAAAAAAAACUUAACUCUUACCAUACCUGUAAGUUUCCAUUUAAGAACGAAUGCAAGGUUUUUGUAAAGAACAUUUUCACAAUAUAUAUGUGUUUUCUAAUGUCCUCAUAAAAUAAAAAAGUCAUUGUGUAUUCCUUUUUUGAAAA